UCCGCCAUACAUAGCAAACACCGUUUUGAAAAUAUUUUCUAAGUUGUCAAAGCGACCUGAAACUGAAACGACCAAAAAUGUCACAACAAACAACUAAUUCAUCGAAAAGAGAGCCGGAAGCUAUGACUAGGGACCACGAAGACAGUGAUUUCCUAUGCUUACACAAAUCGCCGCCCCUCCAUAUUGCCCUACAUGGAAUGUCUUCUCUCAUCAACACUCGUCUAUCCAAGACUGCUCUUGAUCUCUGUAUCGAGCUUCUAGAGGUUGGCGUCAAUCCGCAGGCAUUGGCCGAGGUAAUCCUCAAUGUGCUGGCAAUGAAGGAAAAGUCGCAGAAGAGAUCCCCGCCAGAUUUCCAUUAAAACUUUCCUACAGACGACGAUGACGGCCGACGGAACGAUUAGGCUUAUCUUUUCCGACCUGACCAACCCUCAACCCGCACCGGCACAACAAUAGAACACAAAAAAAAUCCAUAUUUUGAUAACAAAUAUCAGUUAUAUUUAGCAAAUAAAACCAUUAACACUAUCAUAAGAAGCCUA